CCAUUUGGCAUUCUCUUGACGCCAUAUUUAAAUGUUGAUUGUUUUGCGUGAAAUUUGUUUACAUCUAGGAAAAUCUUAAAAAUUCUCUGGAAGCCUGCAAAAUUUUCAUUUUUUUUAAAUAACCCUCGUGAAUCCGUAUAUUUACGGUGUUUUCAGUAUCCGAACAAAAAAAAAAAUAGUUUGUCGGGAGCUAGGAAAUCAAAAGAUUCAAAGACGGAUCGUCGAUAUGGAGCUGGAAACCCUGAAAAAUUUGGAGCUGGAUAAGAUCUGUCGGAUAUGCUUGGCAAUCAAAAAGGAAAUGCGUCCUCUUUUCGGUGAGAUGGUCGCGGAGAUGCUGAUGGAAAUCGCAAAGAUACAGAUUGAGCAAUUGGACGGCUGGCCGGACAAAAUCUGUAUUCAAUGCAUUCAUCAAGUCAGUCGAUGCCAUGCAUUCAAAACUCGAGUUGAAAAAUCAGACACUGCCUUGCGACAUUACAUCAAAGGCAUAACGGUUGUUACGGAGGGGCAGCAGAUGCCGAAGGAAUCGCUGGCUGUCGAGGUUCCAAGGCCGCAGAUUGCGCCACAAAAGAUCCAACAGCUUCAUCCGGCCCCUCAAAUUCAAGAAAUACACAUUCAGCGGGCUGACAUACCAACGAUAGCGGAAGCUGCCCCACCUCCAACCAUGAUCCUGACCAAUGCCCACCUACUUGGUACCGGAGCACAGAUAAUCAAUGCCGGUCAUUUACUGACGACCGCUACGGGGCAGCAACUCAUACAGGCUCCGCAGUACCAUGCGGCUCAAAUAGGACAGUUCAUUCAGGGACCGAACAAUACGAUACAGAUGAUUACGCACGGAGCGGCAGCUCACCCGCAAAUCCUUCAAAUUCAACGGACGGCAGACGAUCGGUGUGAAAUAAUCGUCCAGCCGGAUAUGGCCGAGCAGCAACAGUAUUACGAUGAGAAUAACGUAUUAUCAGUCAACCCCGUUCAAUCCGUCCCUUUAAUGGUGUCAGCACCUGCUGCCACGCUGCAUCAUCACCUAGUACAGCAUGCCAUUCAACAGCAUCAGCAGCAGCAACAACAACAGCAUCAUCAUCACCAACAACAGCAGGCCCUCCAACAGCAAAUCCAACACCAGCUGCAACACGAAGUUCAACAGGAAGAUGAAUCUGAAGAAUCUCAUUUGAAGGAUGAACCCCAGGACUCGGACUGCGGAGACCCGGAUGAUAGUCAGGUGGAUAACGAAGAAUUCAUCGAAGAGGAACACCCAGAUGAUGAGGAAGAGGAAGAAGAGGAAGAGGACGAGGAACAACAGCAGACGGAAAAUGAAGAACCGUAUUGCCUAUCGGAUUGUGAAACGGAUGACGAGGAAAAGCAGCUUGCUGAAUUCAUGGCCCAUCAAACGUCUUGUCCUAGCCCUGGCAGGUAUGUGUGUAAUCUUUGUCGCAAGGAGUUCAGUCAACCGAAAUGGCUACAAACACACAUGUCAUCUCAUUCGAACUGGUUGAAGGCCAAUUGUAAAAAGCAGCCCGAAUGUGAGAUAUGCCAUAAAAGUUUCCGAGGUCCCGGAAUGCUACGGAUGCACAUGAAAACGCAUGAGAAAGAGGAUAAACUGCCCACCUGUUCGAUAUGUCAUAAAGAGUUCAAAUCGAAAUCAAUUUUAUACCGGCAUAGGCAAACGCAUUUCGAGAAAAACUUCGCAUGUACCCUCUGUGACAAACGGUUCAGUUCAAACUAUCAGCUGAAUAUUCACGUCCAACGACAUAAAAAGCAAAAAUCUCAAAAAUGUCCCCACUGUGACAAAUCGUUCUACAAUGCUUCCGACUUGAAGGUGCACGUUAAUCUACAUCUGGGAACGAACGUCAUCCAGAUCAAGAAGAUAACGCCAGCGAGCUAAUCUAUGGAUAGCCCCACUCUGGCUUGCCUAGAAUAUUUUUUUAAUUUCUAUGAAAACAACUUAGAGAAAGAGCUUUUUGGUUCCUUGAAGUUGGAUAUGCUCUCAUUUUCCUGUGAAAUAGUUUAAGCUUCAUUUCCGUUUCGUGAGUUUUCAAUGUCUGAGAAUAUGAAGCGAAGAUACCUUCAUACCAUCUGUAUAUAUUACAUCAAUUUUUAAGAAUAGUAAAACGUCCGUACGCUUUGGAAUUCGACAGAUUUAAUUUAAGGAAAUUAUCCGCUUGUGCAAUGCUAAGUAAUGGCAGGAAUUUUCGUAGUCUUGUCUAUUUUGUUAGAUAAAGUAGUACGUCAGAUUGAAAAUCAUUGUAU